AUGCGUGCUCGUCUUCGUAUCGUGUUCGCCCUGAGUAUGUGGACCUUUUUAUUACUGCUGGCUAGUAAUUUCAAGGCGACAGCCAUCGACUUAACAGAGAGUGGCGAAAAGCCUCCUGCUCCAUCUCUCGCUUUCCAGUUCCGUUGGCUGGACAGAAAUGACCAGGAAUUCUCAGUCCGACGAACUGACAUGCGCAAGAGAGGAAGCAACGAUCAGGAAAGUGGCGUCAACUACGCUUUCUUCAAGAGGGGAGACGGUGUUAGCGACAGCGACGAUGCUGAAAUGGUCAGCGCUGGCAAACGCGCUAGAAACCUCAGCAACAGCGAUGAUGCUGAAAGAAUCAGCGAUGGCAAACCCGCUAGAAAAUCCAGCGACAGCGCCAAAGAAGAUAACAAUAGUAAUGAUGCUGAAGAAGCCAGUGACAGCGAUGGUGAAAGCGUCAAAAAAGCUGGCGACGUCCGUAGAGAAGUCACACAGAAAUGGAUUCGAUUCGAGAUGAUUCUGAAGCAACGCGAAAUCAGACACAAAGAUCCAAACCUCUCUUGGAGUCUUCCAAAAGAGAUCAGAAAACUCGUCAAUGAGAUGCUCGGCCCUCCAUCGGCGGAGGCUGGAGACGACUUUUCGCGCCUGAUUCUUAUCAAAGUACCACUCGAGAAGGUCGGCAGAGAAGUGAAGAAGCUCAAUAACGUCUUUACACGCUGGCAAGACUGCGGAUGGGCUAAGGCCCAAGCUAUCUCCAAUGAGGACAGCAUAGGAACAAUUAGCAUCCUUCGAUACGUCCCUGAGGGAGCAUGGCCAGAGCCAAAUGAGACUCACAAUCUCUUUGAGGGUCAGACGACCGGAAGCUCCUCCUCUUCGCUAGCCGUCAAUGUGGACCACAAGCAAAAGCUGGUCAAAUUCAACUUUGAGCACCUUGGCUGGCCAUCCGAUAAGGACAAGCCCCCCAGACCGUGGCUCAUAAAGGAACAGUGGAACAGCCGUCCGGAAGUGAACACGGAUUUGAUCUUUUUCAACGUGCCUCUGGAUCAGAAAGAGCGUGUAAUUGACUUCAUUGACUCGGGAUUCUUCGACCAUUCAAAACCAGAGGUAGACGUUUUGUCCUCCAACAAGAAGGGCAAGUGUCGUCUUAGGCUCCGCUUGCGCUCAUAUUGA